AUGGUCCAUCAUAUAUCUGACGAGGCAGCAGAUGAACCUGGCAUCACCACACAGACACCCUCCAAUGACCCAUCUCAAGCACCGCUGGUGUACAAAGUGGGCUAUCCCCCUCCGAAGAACUUGGCCAUGGAGUUUACAGAAACAUUGAGAGAGACUUUCUUCCACGACAACCCGCUGCGUCAGUACAAGGGCCAAUCCGGACCUAGGAGGUUCAUGAUGGGGCUGGAGUUCUUGUUUCCAAUAUUUGGGUGGGGCAGGGAUUACAGUCUCAGCAAGUUCAAAGGAGAUCUGAUUGCCGGGUUGACCAUCGCAAGCCUCUGCAUUCCUCAGGACAUUGGCUAUUCGAAGCUUGCUAAUUUGGACCUGCAGUAUGGGCUUUACUCCAGCUUCAUUCCCCCAUUGAUAUAUGCUGCAAUGGGUAGCUCAAGGGAUAUAGCGAUCGGUCCAGUUGCUGUGGUUUCUCUUUUGAUAGGUUCACUUCUACAAGCUGAGGUUGACCAUGUCAAAAACAAGGAGGAAUACAUGCGCCUUGCUUUCACGGCAACCUUCUUCGCUGGUAUCACUCAAGCAGCCUUGGGAUUUCUAAGGUUAGGGUUCCUUAUAGAGUUCUUGUCACAUGCUGCAAUUGUCGGAUUCAUGGGGGGAGCUGCCAUUACUAUUGCCCUGCAGCAGCUAAAAUACGUGUUGGGCAUCGCAAAUUUUACAAGGAAAACCGACAUAGUUUCUGUUAUGGAAUCUGUCUGGAGAUCAGUUCAUCAUGGGUGGAACUGGCAGACAAUUGUGAUUGGUGUAUCUUUCCUGGUUUUCCUUCUGUUUGCGAAGUAUAUCGGAAAGAAGAAUAGGAAGCUUUUCUGGGUGCCAGCUAUUGCUCCUAUAAUAUCAGUGAUUCUAGCAACAUUUUUUGUAUACAUUACUCGUGCCGACAAGCAAGGUGUUCAGAUAGUAAGUGACUAA